AUGAAAUUGAAUCGAACCUUCGAAGCCUUGGGCUGCGUCUUGAUACUGACGCUGCUGUUCCCUUCCAUUACCUCGGCAGAUGAUGCUAGCAUCUCAGCAUGCCAGAGUUGCAAAGACAAGAUUCCUGCCUCCCGGGCAUGUGUGGAAACAUGUGACAACAGCUGCCUGGUUGCUUUUGAAGAGCCAGAACAAGUCAUCCUUUGCUACCAGUUCAAUGCCACUUGUAUUGCGAUAGUCGAAGAUGCCGCUGACUGCUUUGAUGACUGUCUGGAUGAUUGUGUCUCAGAGUCUGCUGCUGAUUAUGGCGUCUGCCUUACCCUUAACAAUGGCAUCGGUGGUUGUGAUGCUGCUGCGUGUGAGGAGGCCAAGGCCAACCAGCAAGCCAUUGACAGUGGCAAUGUGCAAGGUGAACUGGACAACCUAGAGAACCAAAUUGACCAAACUGAAUCAGAUAUUCAUAAUCUAGAGUCGGAGAUCGAAGACACCGAGGAAGCAAUUGAGGAUAACGAGGAUGAGGUUGAUCAACUUGAGGAGGAGGCGGAGGACCUGGUGCAGGACCAACUCGAGGAUUUAGGGGGAUGGGGCGUAACACCGAUUGACCGAUUGACCGAUUGA